CCUGAACUUUCCUUGGACUUUCCCGUUUUCCUCAGAAACCUCACUCUCUUUCACAUUCAAAAACGCUGACUCCAACCCCAAUUUUUACACAAUCAAGCAAAUCAAAUCAGUCAAAAUUUUGAAUUUUCCCUUCUUUCUUCCUCGCUCUGAUUCACCUCCAUUCCAAUGGCGAAUCGUGGAUCUUACGCCUCCGGUCCUCGCUUAGAUAUUCAGCAAUUACAAAUGGAAGCCCAGCAUAGAUGGUUGCGGCCAGCUGAAAUUUCUGAAAUUCUUUGGAAUUAUCAGAAGUUUCAGAUUUCAUCUGAGCCUCCAAACAGGCCUUCAAGUGGUUCACUUUUUCUUUUCGAUCGAAAGGUGUUGAGAUACUUUAGGAAGGACGGACAUAAUUGGAGGAAGAAAAAAGAUGGAAAGACUGUUAAGGAGGCGCAUGAGAAAUUGAAGGUUGGAAGUGUUGAUGUGUUACACUGCUAUUAUGCCCAUGGAGAAGAGAACGAAAAUUUCCAGAGGCGCUGCUAUUGGUUGCUUGAACAGGAUAUGAUGCACAUAGUUUUUGUCCACUACUUGGAAGUUAAGGGUAAUAAAAUGAAUGUUGGAGGCAUGAGCGAGAAUAAUGAAAUUAUAUCGAGUCUGGGAAAGGCCAGCCCUUUGACUUAUAGCUAUCCUGAAAAUCAUACCAAAGCACUUUCAGGGAUUACAGAUUCCACUAGCCCAACCAGCACUCUGACAUCAUCAUGUGAAGAGGCUGAUUCUGGGGAUAGUUAUCAAGUGAGUUCCAGAUUCCCAAUACAUCUUCAGUCACGACAAAUGGGAAAUGCAUCUACUAUGGAUAAGAUGAAUUCUGGCCUCCCAAAUUCAUACCUUUUGCUUCCUAAGAAUGACAAUCAUGAAGGCCAGUCAUCAAUUCCUAGAGAUCAGAUACCCCGGGUUCUUGGAGACAGACCCAAAGAUAAUGAUAAUGGUACUUAUACAAUUGAGUCUCAAAGGACACUUGGUUUGGGAUCAUGGGAAGAGGUCUUGGAAGAUUGCACCAGGGGAUAUGAUACUGUGCCUUCUCAUGCUGGUGCUGGAAUGAACCUUAAAAAAGACAAUCUGACUUAUGGUGAACUUUUAGAUGGCCAGAUUUCUGUCAAAACAGAGUAUGCGAGUUCUCUUCCUGUCCAAUCAAAUUCUCAGAUUCCAUUUGCUGAUGAUUCUUUGCACUUGUCAAAUUGGAAUCUCUGUUCAAAUUUGGAUUUGGCAUAUGAUCCAGAUGUCUGGUUAUUUGACCAAAGUGCUCCUGAGCCACUUCGUGGUCGGCAAUGUGAGCUGCCUGUACAGAACAAACUUAUACUGGGAGAUGUGGAAUCUAGUUGUGAAAGUGAAACGCAUAGAGAACGUAAUAUCAAUAAUGCUUUUUCUGUGAAACAAAAGUUACUGAAUGGAGAAGGUGGCUUGGAAAAAGUUGACAGCUUCUCACGGUGGGUAAAUAAAGAACUUGCUGAGGUAGAAGAUUUGAAUAUGCAAUCCUCCUCUGGUAUUCCAUGGAGCACUGUUGGAUGUGAAAAUGUUGUUGAGGAUUCUUCACUGAGCCCCUCCCUCUCCCAGGAUCAGCUCUUCAGCAUAACUGAUUUUUCACCUAAGUGGUCCUACACAGAUUCAGAAAUUGAGGUUCUGGUUAUUGGAACAUUUAUGAAGAAUCACAAAGAGGUAGCAAAAUGUAACUGGUCAUGUAUGUUUGGGGAAGUUGAGGUUCCUGCAGAGAUUUUGGCUGAUGGGGUUCUUUGUUGUCGUGUGCCACCUCACACAGUUGGACAAGUUCCUUUUUAUGUGACAUGUUCCAACCGGCAAGCAUGUAGUGAAGUGCGAGAAUUUGAGUAUAUAACGGGCUCUGUUAAAGAUGUAGUUAUUUCGGAUGUAUAUGGUUGUGCCUCAAAUGAAAUGAUUCUUUAUUUGCGUCUUGAGAAGCUCCUAUCUACGGGGUCAUUGAGUCUUCCAAAUUAUCUCUCUGAAAAAUCUCGUGAGAAACAGAAUUUAAUUGGUAAAAUCAUUUUACUGAAAGAGGAAGAGGAACAGAUGGUGGAGCCAACCACUAAGAACUUGUCCCAACAUGGAGUGAAGGAGCGGGUCCUUCAGAAACAGAUGAAAGAGAAGUUGUAUUCGUGGCUCCUUCGUAAAGUAAUUGAAGAUGGUAAAGGGCCUAGUAUGUUAGAUGAUGAGGGGCAAGGUGUAUUACAUUUAGCAUCUGCUCUUGGUUAUGAUUGGGCCAUAAAGCCAACUAUAACUGCAGGAGUUAGUAUCAAUUUCCGGGAUGUGAAUGGGUGGACUUCCCUUCAUUGGGCGGCAUUUUGUGGCAGAGAGCAGACAGUUGCUAUACUUGUGUCUCUGGGCGCAGCUUCGGGAGCAUUGACCGAUCCCUCCCCAGAAUUUCCUUUGUGUAGAACUCCUGCAGACCUGGCUUCUGCCAAUGGACACAAAGGAAUUUCUGGCUUUCUAGCAGAGUCUUCCUUGACCAGCCACCUCUCAUCCCUUACAGUGAAUGAUUCAGCAGAAGAUAGUGCCUCAGAAGAUUCAAGGGCUCCAGCUGUGCAAAUUGUUUCAGAGCGAACACCUACUCCAGUGAAUGAUGGUGAUAUAUCAGAUGUACUAUCACUGAAGGAUUCACUAACUGCAGUCUGUAAUGCUACACAGGCUGCUGAUCGUAUACAUCAAGUCUUCAGGAUGCAGUCAUUCCAGCGGAAACAGUUAAAUGAGUUUGGUGAUGACUUUGUUAUAUCAGAUGAGCAUGCUCUUUCGCUUGUAACAGCCAAGACACUCAAACCUGUGCAAGGUGGACAAGCUCAUGCUGCUGCCAUACAGAUUCAGAAGAAGUAUCGUGGUUGGAAGAAGAGAAAAGAGUUCUUGUGGAUUCGCCAAAGAAUUGUUAAAAUCCAGGCACAUGUGAGGGGACACCAGGUAAGGAAACAAUAUAAAUCAAUUACCUGGUCAGUUGGAAUUCUGGAGAAGGUCAUUUUGCGAUGGAGACGUAAAGGAAGUGGUUUACGCGGAUUCAGACGGGAAGCACUCAAUAAGCAGCCUGAGCCUCAAUUUGUGCCUUUAGAAGACGACUAUGAUUUUCUUAAGGAGGGAAGAAAACAAACAGAAGAAAGGUUGCAAAAAGCACUUAGUAGGGUGAAGUCUAUGGUUCAGUAUCCUGAGGGACGAGCUCAGUACCGUAGGUUGCUGACUGUUGUUGAAGGUUUCCGUGAGACCAAGGUGUGUGACAUGGAUCUAAGUGGUUCGGAAGAAAUAAUUUAUGAUGAUGAAGAACUAGUUGAUAUUGACUCACUUCUGAAUGAUGAUACUUUCAUGUCUAUUGCAUUUGGAUGAAUGGCUGAGCUUUGCUUCUGUUGCCUGUACAUAAAUGGACGGAUAGUUUCAGCUUUAUGAAGGUCCUAACUUCAUUCGGUCUGUAAAUAUAUUUAUGUAAUCAAUAUGCUUAUUAUAAUAAUUUUAGGUAUUUUUUUAAAGAAGACACGCCGAGACACAUAAAUGGACAAUUAGUUACCCCAUUAUCUAAUGCUUUGUAUUUUGAAGGAAUAGGCCAUUUAUUUUGUUGAUGUAGGUUUUAUACACUAUUUUAUGUAGGUUAUAUACAAA